UAGCACCCCACCCUUCCCAACAUGGCACCUGAGCCCCUCAGAUCUCCAUUUCUCGUCUGCCUGACGGUAUCAGUCAGUUUACUUACCGUCGCAGCUGCAAUUCCGUCCACGCCAAUACGCGAGAUGUCGCCUCACGGAGCGCCGUUGAGCGGUAGUGCCGAUAGUAGCAGUCCAAGCGGUAGCAGCUUGAGCAAUAGCAGCGGAAUUCUGAUUCCUAGGUGCGACCAGCGGCAGUAUGAAGCGCUGGAGCUGCCUAACGGGCUCACCGUGUUGCUUAUAUCGGAUCCCGAAACCGAUAAGGCUGCUGCAGCUAUGGACGUCGGCGUGGGGUCGCUCAGCGAUCCGGACGACGCGCCUGGUCUGGCGCACUUUCUAGAGCACAUGCUGUUCUACGCUAGCGAGAAGUACCCUAUCGAGGACAGCUACAGUGACUUUCUCAAUAAGCACAGCGGGCGGUCCAACGCGUACACGGCGGCGGAGAACACCAACUACCAGUUCGACGUGGCGGCUGAGUUCCUCGAUGAAGCUCUUGACAGGUUUGCUCAGUUCUUCAUCGGCCCACUCAUGUCAGCUGAUGCGACCAACCGAGAGAUCAAUGCAGUGCACUCAGAGCACACCAAGAAUCUGAUAUCAGACCCCUGGCGGAUCAACCAGCUUCAAAAGAGCUUCUGCACGCCGCAGCAUCCCUUCUACAAGUUCAACGUUGGAUCCCUGGAGACGCUGAAAGAGGUGCCUGAAGCCAAUGGGAGGGACAUACGGCAGGAGCUGAUAGCCUUCUACAGCCAGUACUACUCGGCCAACCUCAUGCACCUCGUGGUGUAUGGCAAAGACUCCCUCUCGUCCCUGAGAGCCAUGGUGGAGAGUCGCUUUGCCCUCAUCCCCAACAAGUCGCUCCAGCAGCCUGAGAUUCCAGGCGACCCCUGCGGUCCUGAAUGCACCAAGAAGCUGGUGCGUGCAGUGCCUGUGACUGAGGGCCACAAGCUGGAGCUGGUCUGGCCCACACCGGCCGACCAGCACCUGCACCGUGCCACCCCCUCUCGCUACCUGGGGCACCUCAUUGGCCAUGAGGGGCAUGGUUCGCUGUUUGCUCUGCUCAAGAAGAAAGGGUGGGCCACGGCUCUGGGAGCGGGGCGCAGCCACAGCAGCAAGCACUAUGCGUUCUUUGCUGUCAACAUCGAUCUCACUGACCUAGGCCAUGAGCAUGCAAUGGAGGUGGUGGAGCUGGUGUUUCGGUACAUCGGGCUCAUUCAGAGUGGGGAAGGCAUUCAAAAGUGGAUAUUCGACGAGCUGGCAGCGGUGUGCGCCACCAAGUUCCACUUCCAGGACAAGCAGCAGCCCUUCUUCUACACGUCCGCCAUCGCUGCCGGCAUGCAGCUGUACCCGCGUGAGGACUGGCUGGCAGGCGCCUCUCUGCCGCGAGACUUUGACCCCCAUGCACUGGCUGAGAUGGCCAGAGCGCUUACUCCCGACAACGUGCAAGUCUUUUGGCUGUCGAAGCAGUUUGAGGGGGAGGCAACGGAGGAGGAGCGGUGGUACAAGACAAAGCACUCCGCCCAGGCCAUUCCGGAUGACUUGUUGCAGCGGUGGAAAGCAGCAUCCAAUGCCGUGACUCCUCUUCCUCCUGCUGCUCCUGCUGCUGCGGUGGCUGCUGCAUCCACCUCUACUGCUGCUGCUGCUGCUGCAGCAUCCAGCAGGGAUGCUGCCCUUGCUCCUCAGGCUAGUGCUGCUGGCUCGGAUGGAAGUGCCUGCGAUCUGCAUCUGCCAGCUCCCAACGAGUUUGUGCCCACCGACCUUGAAGUCCUAACUCAACCUACUGGCAAGGUGUCUUCCCCCACAGUGAUCCACGAGACGCCCAUGCUGCGCCUGUGGCACAAGCCAGACACCCUCUUUGGCCUUCCCAAGGCUGUGCUCUUCCUGCAGCUCGCCUCUCCUGCUGCCUACACCUCCCCCCGCUCUGCCCUCCUCACGCGCCUCUUCGCCUCCCUGCUGCAAGACGCCCUCAACGCAUAUGCUUAUGACGCUGAGAUCGCAGGGCUCAACUAUUCCAUCGUCCCAAGCGUCCACGGCAUUCAGAUCUCAGCGUGGGGUUACAGCCACAAGCUGCUGGUUCUAGUGACCAAGAUCAUCGACCACCUCGUCUCAUUCACUGUCGAUGCUGACCGCUUCCAUGUCAUCAAGGAGAAGGAGCAGCGGGAGUUUGAGAACUUCCGCUAUGACCAGCCAUACGCGCAGGCGCUCUACUCCGCCUCCGUGCUGCUCGCCCACCGCCGCUGGCACUUCUCCGACUACCUUGCUGCGCUGCCCGCCCUCGAGCCCGCCCACCUCUCUGCGUUUCUCCCCUCGCUGCUCUCCCAUGUCUCCCUUGAGCUCUUCGCCUCAGGCAACCUCGCCCCCACAGCAGCAAUAGCCUUUGCCCAAGAGACCGAAUCUCGCCUGCGCUCCAGCCCGCUGGCAGCAGCAGUGCCCCCCGUGCCGCCACAGCGCCCAGAGCUGCGCAUGGUGCGGCUGGGAGACAGCAGCGCUGCCGUGCUGGCUGCUGACAACCUGAACCCUGAGGACGAGAACUCUGCUAUCGUUUUCUAUCUACAGGUGUGUCAGGAUGGCGAGACAGCCCUCCUCCCUGCAACAGCGGACAGCACAGGGGAUGAUGGAGAGGGCAAGGCAGAGGGAGCGGCGGAGGGUGGGGUCGCAGGAGACGGAGAGCGGAGCAACGGGACCUGUGGGUCAAGUGGGAAGGCAGGGGGAGAGGGGGGGCAGGGAGCGCGUGUGCAGGGAGUGAGUGAGGGGGAGGGGGUGCGGGUGCGGGCGCACGUGGUGGCACAGCUGCUGGUGCAGGUGGUGGAGAGGGACGUGUUCUACGAGCUGCGCACGGUGCAGCAGCUGGGAUACAUCGUCUUCCUCAUGGCACGCAACGAGAAUGCGGUUCACGGCAUCACAUUCAUCAUCCAGUCAAACGUCAAGUCUGCCAGCGACCUGGACGGGCGGGUGGAGGCAUUUCUGCAGGCAGCUGAGAGCAAGCUGGCGACCAUCAGCGAAGAGGAGUUCCAGACCCAUGUGGUGGCGCUGGUGGCUAAGAAGCAGGAGCGGAAGAAGAACCUGGUGGAGGAGGCGAAUGCGAUGUGGAAGGAGAUAGACGACGCCACGCUGGCCUUUGACCGCGUUGACAAGGAGGUGGCGGAGCUGCGACUGCUGCGCCCAUCCCACGUGGCGCAUUUCUUUGCCACCGUGGUGAGGCAAGGCGCUCCCAGCAGGAGGCUUCUGAGUAUCCAGGUGCAGAGGCAUGAGAAGGGAGCGCCUGGGGAAGCAGCCACAACCUGCGCCGUGGAAAACGCCCCCAAGCCUGCUGUCAAUGGUUCAGCCGGUGCUGCUCCUGUCUGUGAUGCUAACUUGGAAAAAGGCGAAGCAAAUGACACCGGUAGCACAAGCAAGGAGGGGGCAAAAGAGGUGGAAGCUACAUCAAAGGACAAGAGGGAGGUGAUUGAAAACAUUUAUGAUUUCAAGCGCACCCAGGCUCUGUAUCCGUCACUCAAGGGAAGGCCACUUCCGCCUUCCAUUGUAUCAUCAUCAUUGUAAGCCUGGUCGAUUGCCAAUUUAGUGUUCGUAUUCAAGCCCGCUUCCUUAUGCUGGCUUUAUGUUCUUAUACGUUAAUUCAUAGAUGCUAUCUUUUCACUCGUAACAAUUGAUGAAAUUUCUCUCAUG